AAUAUAUCAUAGUGCUCUGCAUAUACAGUGAUAUACAGUAAUUAAAUUAACACUUACAUGACAACUUAUGCUAUAUUUUAGUUUAUAAUUGUAGUUAUAUUGUUGGUUUAGUCUUUAUUGACUCAAACGACUGUAACAUAAGAUGUAAUAUAGUCUUAUUGGAUGACAUACAGCACAGAGGUCUCUCAAGAUGGCUGCCAUGCCUUUUCUCUGAGUCUUUUGCUCCUUUCAAUCCAACAAAAAUCUGAUUAAUCACACAGAGGACCACUAGAUCAACUUUGAAAUCUGGUCAGUACAGAAGUCUGGAGUGUAUAAAGUGCACUCUGAGAAAGUUUGUGCUGUAAGGAACUCUGUAAAUUUCAACAUUGCAACCCGCAGAUUGGAGGCUUUUGGGCCUGCUAGGCCUGAGACCUACUCCUUAUCCUCACAUUAACAUCUGCCUUUGGGAGUUAUUGUGCCUCCAAAAGCUAAAACAGUGACUGAUGAUGAUGUUGUGACCAUAAGUACACUAACCCAGUUAUUUGAUCAACAGAGGGAAUUCUACAAGGAAAUGCUACAACAACAAGAAAACUUCAAGCGUUUCAUUUAAAGUAUCUUUGAUGGAAAUACAAAAAGGCUAAAUGGAGUCAUCAAAGAUGUCCAGGAGCUAAAAACAAGCCAACAAUUCAACCAGGGAAUCACUGAGGAUAUGAAACCUGGAUAUCAGGUUUUGACUACAUUGAAAAUCUGUCAAGAAGAUCAAAUCUGAUUGAUGGGAUUGCAGAACAGAAGGAAGAGAAACUACAAGUGGAUUAGAAAUGAAGAUUCAACGCAUUCUAUGUAAAAACUUGGGUCUCGAUGGAUCAAACAUUGAGAUUGAGAGGCCACACCGUGUUGGGCCACUUCCAGAAAGGCCGAAAGCCCAAAAAGACAGCUGUGAAGUUUCUGAAAUUCAAAGAUGGUCAACGUAUCCUCUCUUCUACCAAAAAACUGAAAGGUACCAACAUUCAUACCAAUGAGGGCUUUUCAGAUGUCGUGCAGCAAAGGAGAAGGGAACUUCUGCCCAAACUGAAAGCUGCCGAAGAAAAAGGAGACAGAGCAAGUUUAAGGUAUGAUAAACUUAUCAUUUGGCCUGCAAAUGGUCAGGGUAACAGUCAGAAUAACUGGUGCAGUAAAUCUUGCAGUUCUCAUUCAGAUUUCAUUGGUUUUAUUUUUAUAAAUAUGUCAUCUCUAUUUGUAAAUCGGCCACAGAAAGGAUUGGUUUUAACUCAUUUAAAUAUAUGCAGUCUCAAAACAAAAUAAAGGAAAUUACAAGAAUCUGCUCCCCAGGCAAUAAUAAUGUUUUGGCCUUGUCAGAAACAGUCCUAGACUGCAGUUUUGAGGAUGAACUCCCAACUCACUGUUAAUGGAUACGGUCUAUAUAGAAGAGACAGAAAUCAAAAUGGUGGAGGAGUUGCAUUUUUUGUAAAGGAAAACAAUGCUGUAACCCUUAAAUCUGAUUUAAUGUGCGGCAACAUAGAAAUUAUAUGGCUACAGAUUAAUCUUCCAUUUAAUAAGCCAAUACUGGUUGGUUGCUGCUACAGACCUCCCAGAUUCAAUGUACACUAUUUCCAAAAGCGGUGUGAAAACAUGAACACGGUUUCAGAUCAAAAUACGGAUAUCUUUCUUCUUGGUGAUCUUAAUGUAGAUUGGUCUAUGCAUAAAAGAUUGACGACCAUGGCAAAUGUGCGCAAUCUCAAACAGGUUGUGACACAAACCACACGGAUCUCAGUAGACAGUGCAUCUAAAUCAACAUGCAUUGUCCACAUUUUCAUGAAUUGUGUUCUCAAGCGGUUUCUGUUGUUGUUGUAAUUAGCUUUGAAAGUGCCAGAGAUGAAUUUUGUUUCCUUUAGACUAAUGGACAGAGCAAAGAUUGUCCUGUUUUCAGUUACAAGGCUACUGGAUUUCCCCUCAAGAAGACAAGAACGAAAGACAAUGAAAAGAGAAGAACCACUUUUCUUGGCUCUUCUCCUCACCCCUGUCAAAAUCAGAAGUUGAGUGUUAAGCCUCGUGUUGGAUAUACAGUAUUUGCAGCCAGAAAAUUUUAAAUGGUAAAGAUUCAUUGGCACCUUUACUGAGCCACCUGUCAGUUGCUGAAUUCAACAGUCAGAGGCAUCAAAUGUUUCUAUCAUGGGACUCACCAGCAUUAUAAAUCUAAGCUCAUGGAAAAGUACCGGUGGGCCCUGUGCUGCACUCAUUGACUUGGCAGCUCACUUGCUGUGAAACCACUAGUGGUACUUGAGAUUCCCAGCGUCGACAUGAUGCACAGUGUAGGUAUCAAUGACAGUGCUAUGUUGUGAAAUGGCCUGGGUCCCUAUUAGCCAGCAGCUGCAUAGUACAUCACAGUAUGUAGGCUGAUCGCACAUGCCCACUAUACACAGAGCAUACUAUAGCAUUGACAGCCUACAGAUGUUAAGCAGCUUUGAGUCACAUUUCUAUCCCAACAGGGUGUCAGUUUCCCUGCAUAGGCUGUUUGUUCCUGACUUGGAGCAGAGCAUGAUCCAUGUUUCCUCCUGAUCCAUGGCGCCACCUCUUUCUUGGAAGAUGGAAACCUGAUGAAUUGGAGUAGGGCAGCAUGACCCCCUGGGGUUGUGAUGAUGAUCCUCAAAUGUUUACAAGUCUCUUGAUUGGUCAAAUGCAACAUAUGUAGGCACUAAUACCUUUAAUGUUAUGGUAUGUUGUAGUUUUAAUUCCUGGUAUAGUUUCAAUUUGUUUGAUACGCAUUGUAAAGAUUUUGGAAUAGGCUAUGGUAAAAAGUAAAAUGGAUGUAAUUAAAGAAAAAUAAGAUCCUUGUUUGCUUAUUUAUUUAUGGGUCUGUAACUAGCCAAAUACCAACUACUUUGCAACCCAGUUGGGCUAUUUUGGAUAGACUAUGACUUUGUAUGGGGAUGCAAUGAAAUUUUCUUAAACAGUAUCUUAAAUUAUCUAGUCUGAUGCCAUGUCUGUUUGAUAUAAUGCAGAAUGACCUAUUUUGUUGCUCUGUAGGGCCUAAAAUCCAAACCAUAAAGAAACUGGUCUCAGGCUAAAAGAAGCUGGACCCUUUAAACCGUCUAUUUGGUAAACACGAUCUUACUUUUAGCUCUCCACUGAGGUUCUAUCACAUGAUUUCUGGGGUAUUGAAAUUCAAAUCUUUCAAACACUUGUCUCUUGCUGCUUUUGGAGCUGGCAGCACCCAGUGUUGGUGAGUGGAAUUUUAAAACUACCUUGCACAGCCAAGGAGCUCUUGAAACGCUUUACCAAGAAGGGUGUGCUUUCACCAGAAUCAAGUUUUGUAUUCAAUCCAACACAGGAACAGAUAGAAAAUGUUAUUGUUGUAGAAUUUUACCAAAGUUUAGAUUAAGUUUUGGUAGGUUGUGGUUAAAUAAGGCACCCAAUGUAUAGAGCAUUUACACGCUAAAAAGUCAACACUUUUCCCAGAAUCCUUCCACUCUUCUCUGCUGCUUCAUUGGCUGUCAUGAUCAAGGAGUCUCCUCAAUGAAAAAGAACCCCCUAUAAGGUUUGUAGACCAGACUGUACACGGCUUUCUUUGUUUGGGUGGUUCUAUUAUAUGUGAGAAAAGUUGAAAAAAAGUUGUGCUGCACUGUUUGCAAGGGGGUCCACAUCAAACACAGUAUGAAAUAUGGACGUAUUCACCGUGACUCAUCAGUUCCUGGAGCUCAAAAAUUGUGGCCACCAUAUUUGAAAUGCUGACCCAUCCAGAUUUUCUGUCAAUCCAGCAAAAGACAAAGAGGUGGGUUUUUAGGCCCCUAGAUGUCAUAGCUACUAUGUACCCACGAGUCAGACAAGUUUUCCACCUCCCUAACUUUGCCUAAUGAUGCAGAACAAAUGAGUGAAGACAUUGCCUCCUUACACUCAGUACCUUCAUGCACAGUUAUGUCAGGAAAUGCAGUUUAACUAGACUACUGUCCUUGUCCCAGUUUACACGCACCAAGCAAGAACUGAAUAAUUAACAGAAGCGUGUCUGCCUCUGCUAAGAUGGGUGGUGACAUGCCCCCCUUUAGCUUCCCGCUGUUGACCAGUUACAUAUGGAAACAGUCAGCAAAAUACAUUAGAGGAGGCUAACAGAAUUCACACCGAACAAUGAAAAUGCUGUCUUUUUUACAACUCUGUACACUUUGUGAAAUCAUUUUUGUCUUUUUUUACUUCCUUUCUUCACCUGUUGAGACUUUGUAUACCUCCAAACAAGACAUGCACGCUAUUCAAUUUCCAUUCUCAAAGCCUGCUGGAGCAAGUUAGUCCAACUAUGAGGAGCUCCAGAGUAACAAAGGCAACAUGAAACCUAUCAAGAGACUUAACUCAUUGCACAAGUGUUGGCAAUAUUAGCAUGGUAUGUCAUGGUCUAGUCUGUCAUAGUCAGUACUUUUUUGCCAGAAAACAGGCUCUGUUGUUGUGAGUUGAUAAGAUAAGUUGAUCUGUCUUUAUGGAGACACUUGGGUUGUUGAAAUAAGUCAAAAUAACAUAAAAAGGGAAAAGAAGAGAGAGAAAUUAAGUCGUUAUCUCAGGAAAACUGUGAAUUGAAUGUAUGUAUGCAUGUAUGCAAAGAGCCACCAUAAUGCAAUCGCACCUAAAUAGGACCAAAUAGUUUGUCAACAUCACUUCUCUACUGGUAUGGAUUUACACAGAAAUUUUAUGAUCACGUUUUCUUUUAUUUCCACAUCUUAAAUCAUGCUUUAUAAUCUUUUGCUACCUCCCAAUUCAAAAGCUGUCAGCUCAUCUCAUAUAUCUAAAUACAGCAUUCAAAUGUUUGCGAGCACAUGAUUUAAAAUUAAUUGCUGUGUGUGGUCAUGGAUACUUCAAGCUCUUGAACGUAACGCAGAGUCAAGAACAGGCGGUACCUUUCCAAGCACUUGGUGUCUAAUUUUAUUUGCUAUUUCAGCAGGUCAACUGUUUUAUAACUACCUGUUUUUCCUUUAUGUCUGAUGCUAAGGACCACUUGGGUUGAUCAGUCUGGAUAGAGGAAAUAUGUUUAUUGACUGACCGGUAGAAAAGGAGGAGAACUCUUUGAAAACAAGCCAAUUCAACUGCUUGAAUGAUUUAGUAUGAACAACACCAACAAGAGUGUAUGACUAAAAAAAUACAGGAUAUUUUGAGGUGUUGCUAUGCUAUUCAAAGCAGCCUGGAUGGUGUCUUAUUUGAGUUUCACUACAGUGUUUAUCUGGCUGGUGUGUGACCUUCAUUUAGAGCUCUGCCUAUGCAGGAGGGGUUGGAGCUGACAACUCCUCCGUGGCGCUGGCUUCAGCUUCAAAAAUGGUUUUCUCUGGCAUCUGACAAGUGGGCGUUGUCUCACUUCUGACCUUUUAUGGGGAGCUGCUGGAAGUAGGUUGUUGCUCGGUUGAAAUCAGCUUCAUGACAAUAGCCCCUGCCUGCAUUAAUAAAUCUGCUCCCAUGAGAUUUAUUGGAAAGCUGUGCCAAACCAGUGCCCAUUGUUUGCACUGUAUUGAGUUAUUAAUGUUUACAAGUUGCACCUUUCUUAGCUCAAACAUUAGCACAGUCCAACUAGUCUCCUGACAUGAAAGACACUAAUGAUGACUUUAGUGAGUGAAUGCGCCAAGAACAUGUCCCAGUGGAAAACUAAGCAGCGAGUUUCACAUUUGGAACCGGCUGAAGCUCAUCUCGUUUUCAGCUCAUGAGUCUGCUUUAACUUUCAAAAAUAAAUCAGGAAAUGCUUGAGGAUCAUUGACCCUAGUGACCAUUUUGAGUCACUAUCAAAAAGAAGCCCCAUACCCUUCAAGAAGCUGUUUUAGUUCCUUAACCCUCAAACACUAUCACCAGGUGCUUUACACUCGACCAAACAUGUUUACAUGAUUUUCAUUAUGUUGCAUUUGUGUGAGUAUCAUGGGUCCCUGGGUAACUUCAGCAUCGCCUUUGACAUCUUUAAAGGCCUAUUUGUUUCCCUGAUCCAAAACCUGAUUUUUCCUACAGGCACGUGUUCGGGUGAUUUUUACCCGGCAAUAGUGAUAGAGGGUAAAGUAGGUUUGGUGGAUUUGAUAGCUGCAGGUAGGCGAAUAAGUUAAUUAAGAGUAGUCCUGGAAUUUGAAUGCUAUCUUUAUUUAGCACAGUAGUUAUGAAUAACAAUCAUAAAGUAGUGAUUUUCAAGGGAAUUCAUAUGGUGAUAAGAAAUAUUUUAGACAGCUGGUCAUAUUCACUCACUCAAAAUCUGCCAUAUUUUGCUUCUCUCUCCUGCAGCUGCUAUUGUGCCAAGGACCCAGAGGAGUCUUCACCAGGGUACACUCACAUGCCCCGGGAAUGAGUGGAAAAGAAACUAUGUUUACAGUUUCUAUAUAUAUGUAUAUUUUUUUGCAAACUUUUGGUUCAUGAAUGCCUAAUUUCAGUUAUUCUGUUGCAUUUUUAUAUGGUCCCCUCAUGGCACUUCCCUCCCUUUGGACAUUGCACAGUUAAAAAUAAAAGAAAACUACUUUAA